AUUGGCGACUUUUUAAACUAAUAAAAAUAAAAAUUACUUCAGAUUGCUACGAGGAUUGUAAUAAUUAUGAUUUAACUACAGAAACUGAAGAAGAUAAUCAGCAAGUUUCAAAAAAGCGCAAGCGUACUGCUUGUACAACUUUUUUUGAAGGCGAGGAAGAAGUUGAUGUUGAUAUUAAUACAGAAAGUAAGAAUAUAUAUUUUUUAUGUUAAUUCACCUCCCUAAAGGCUGAGAUGACCACUACAAUCGAAGAGGCUACUUGUAGUUUCAAGCCUCUCUCAACUUCAUAACUCUGAAACACAAGCCUUGACGAACAAGGCUGCUGCGUGAAGAAACAAGUUCAUUAAUUAGUAAUUUUAUGAAGAGUAGAGCAGGAGCUAAUAAUAGCCUACAUAAUAAUAGUAAUAAUAGUGUUAUGUGUAUGUAUUUUGUAAUAAAACAGUUAUUAAAAAUAAUUUUUUACACUUGCUGUAAUUGUAUUUUAUUUUUAAAAUAGUAAAACUAUCUACAUUUCCACAGCCACCUGCUAAAUUAGGCAAAGUGUUACCAUCAAAUAUUUCACUAUAUAAAAAGGUUGUGGAUGUGGUACCACAAGGAUAUAAAAGUGAUCAUGCAACUAAACUAUCACCAAUUCCACAGUCACCUGGUCUUUCAAGCUGUUAUUCUAAGAUACCUUCAUUCAAAUCAAGCAUGGUGACUAUACCAAAAUAAAAUAAAAUGAAUCAAUCAACUAACCAAUCAGCACUUUCUCCUUUUCUGUUACCCCGAAAAUUUGAUUCUAAAAUACCAAUAUUCAGACAGAGAGCUGCCACAUCAAAAGACAAUGUAAUAGAUCGAUCAAUGAAACUAUCAGCAUUAAAUAGAAAGUUUCAAGCAAACAUGAUACUGAGUGAGCCAACUGCUCCUCAAGAAAAUGAAAUCGAUAAUGGGAAGUUUCAGAGAAAAGUUCUUUAUCAGUUAUCAAAUAUGGCUAACGAAAUUAAAGAUUUACGAAUAGCAGUGGAAAUGAUGGCCGUACCAAGUUUAGAGACUGUUGCUGAGGUCCAUCUAGAAGUUAUAGCUGGAGCUAUUGGGACCUUGAAUGGAUACAGAAAAUUAGAGGAGCAAUGUAGAGUUCUUGCUAAUCGAACAAUUUUACUUCGCCUUCUUUCACGAAUCGGAGGGUCAUCCAUUAAAGAUACUUCUAAGAAUCUAUUGAAAAGACUUUUUACAAAUUUUGUUAUGUCUCAUUUGAGUAUGGAUGGUAAAGGUUCUCUUAAAAAGCUUCCGUUUAGAGACUCUGCUCUGUGUCAACUUGUUGUUGAGUGUGUAUUGAAACGAUACUCUACGUCUUCUUUGUCCGAAAUACAUUCGUGCAUUGGUUCUCAUCUUAGAAUGGCUCCGUUUCGUUUAGGUGGCACUGGGAAAGGUGGCGCCCAUUUUUCCAAUUCUCAAGAUGGAGAGGCUGGCUUGAACGAUUCAAGCAAAGAUGAUGCUUAUUGUCAUGAAAGCGAUCAUGAUAAUGAUAAAUACGAUAAUUCAUAUUAUAAUAAUUAAAAUUAGUGUAAAUAUGUUUAAGACUUGCAUGUAUGAAAAAAAAUAUCUGUAUGUUUGA